CUUAGUCUUCUUCCACCAGAAAUCGACGAAGAAUGGCACCCGCUCGGUCGCUCCUUCGGGCUGGAGGGAAGUUCCUUCGACAUGCGUCUUGGAGGCACUCCAGCAAUGACGUCACUGCUUUUAUGGAGAACAGGACCAUGAAGAUAUACAAUGGAGAGAAGGCUCCUCUUGGCCUCUUUAGUUCUGGAGAGAUUGAAAGACGAAUUACAAAACUUAGAAAUUACAUGCAACAAGAAGGCCUCGCCGCUUGUCUCUUCACCUCUAUCCAUAACAUCAAUUAUUACACAGGUGGAUUUAUUUAUUGUACUUUCGGAAGACCUUAUGGUCUGUUGGUCACGCCAGAAAAACACGUCUCCAUCUCGGCUCUCAUUGAUUAUGGCCAGCCUUGGAGAAGGUCUCCUCAUGACAACAUCAUCUUCACCGACUGGAAGCGAGAUAACUACUACAGAGCCGUAGUCGAAGAGCUCGGUGACACUCGAGGAGCAAUUGGCAUCGAGUUCGACCACAUGGACCUCCAGCGCUUCAAGAAGCUCAAGGACCACUUGCCUCACAGCAAUGAGCUCAAAGACAUUUGCGGCUCCACCAUGAGGAUGAGAAUGAAGAAGAGCAAGGAAGAAAUUGCAGUGAUAAAGAACAGCACAGCCACAGCUGACAUCGGUGGCAGGGCAUGUGUCGAAGCGUUGGGCGAAAACGUUCCAGAGUACGAAGUGGCAUUGGCUGGUACUCAAGCAAUGGUCAGGAACAUCGCAAAACUCUACCCAGACAGUGAACUUAUGGACACAUGGGUGUGGUUCCAGUCAGCCAUAAACACAGAUGGUGCCCACAAUCCUGUGACCACCCGCAAGAUUCAAAAGGGGGACAUACUUUCCCUAAAUUGUUUUUCGAUGCCCCAGGGAUACUACACGGCAUUAGAAAGAACAAUGUUCUUGGAUCAUUGUAGCGACGCACACCUUAAGAUUUGGGAAGCUAAUGUUGCAGUGCACAAAAGAGGGCUUCAGCUUAUUAAACCUGGGGUCAAGUGCAGCGAGAUUGCACGAGAACUCAACGAACUAUUCGCCCAGUUUAAUCUGCUGAAGUAUAGAACUUUUGGCUAUGGGCAUUCCUUCGGGGUACUCUGUCAUUACUAUGGACGUGAAGCAGGACUGGAGCUUCGCGAGGACAUUGAAACCGUGCUGGAACCAGGUAUGGUCGUAUCCAUGGAGCCCAUGGUAACCAUUCCAGAGGGUCAGCCUGGUGCUGGUGGUUACAGGGAGCAUGAUGUCUUGGUUAUUAAUGACGAUGGAUCAGUGGACGACAUUACUGGCUUCCCCUACGGUCCUGAGCAUAAUAUUAUCAAGAAGUAAAUCUUUAUUUUUAUACUUAUCCUAUCCAGACUUCAAUAGAAACUGAAAACUGUAAACAGAAAAUAAAAAUAAUAAUGAUAA